GCACACAUAGCGUGCGAUCGUCGUUUUAAGACAACGAAUAUGUUUUUGGACAGAUUACUCAUUUCAAUUUCGGAACUCCUGACAACCAAAACAACCAGCGUGCCAGGCUUUUAUUUCGAAAAUUCUACCGGAAACCUUCGCGUACUCGAGUUACCUUGACAAUAUUUUGUGUCGUGCCUGUAACGACUGAAGUCUUGCAGCGGUUCAGACUUGAGGAGUGACAACUUACGAUGGCGAGUGCUCUUCAUGUGUUUGCUCUACGCUCUUCCCGGUUCUCCUGACUAAGGCGGUAGCUGCUGGUCAGAGCCCUCAGCCGUUUCAUUUUCCCGGCCAGGACGAGCCCAACCGCCGUCCCCUGCCAGUGUAGCUUGGAUAUUCAAGGACAUUUUAACGUUACCAUAGCUACUUUGGCCUUUUCUGUCGAUUGAGGAAAUCCAGCGUGUGCUUCUACGGGCGCAACGAUGUGGCCAGAUUUUGUAAACACGGGCAGAAACGGCGGCUGAUAGCAUGUAAACGAACGCACCCGAGCAGAUGAUGUUUCUCUACGCGUCAUCUUUACAUGUCGUACCCGCACCCCUUCCUCUGCCGAAGGGCCAAACAAACGGCGGCGUGAAGGAAACCACUUGCUGACUUUCUCUACGGUUCAUCUCAGCUAUGGCAUCGUUAUCAGGUCUCAUCAAGUCGGCUGCUUCUUCGUGCUGAAAGAAAACCGCGUAGCUGGUGAACGCGGUGACCCCAUAACGCGGAGAGAGACCGGUGAACUUUGAUUUGCUGAGUGGCGGAGUGUGCUGAAGCCAGAGGUGCAUCGCUGGUGUGCAUCAGGUCCAGGAACCAUCAAUGAGGACUUCAGCUGGUGAUUUGACACGUCGCAUAUAGGAGCCCCCUUCCCAAGUCUCUCCUGCCCCCCCCCUUCCCUUCCCUCUGUCCCUCCCUCCCUCCCCCCUUCCCUUGUCAGUCUUCUUCCCGAUCCCCCUUUUCCCCACCUCAUAGAUUCACCAUGCUUAUCAAGGAGUACCGCAUCCCCAUGCCCAUGAGUGUGGAGGAGUACCGCAUCGCCCAGCUCUAUAUGAUUCAGAAAAAGAGCAGAGAAGAGAGCUGUGGUGAAGGCAGUGGGGUAGAGAUCCUAGAGAAUAAACCCUACACAGAUGGACCGGGUGGGGUGGGCCAGUACACCCACAAGGUCUACCACAUUGGCAUGCACAUUCCCAGCUGGUUCCGCUCCAUCUUGCCCAAAGCAGCACUGAGGGUUGAAGAGGAGUCCUGGAACGCCUACCCUUACACCCGUACUAGAUACACUUGCCCUUUUGUUGAGAAGUUCUCCAUUGAUAUUGAGACCUACUACAAACCGGACACAGGAAACCAAGCAGAUGUCUUCAACAUGUCUGCAGCAGAGAAAAGGCAGAGGACUAUUGAUCCAAUCGACAUAGUGACAGAUCCCAUCCCCCCCAACGAUUACAAAGUAGAGGAGGACACGCGGCUGUACAAGUCAGUCAAGACGCAGAGGGGUCCCCUGCGGGACGACUGGAUUGAAGAGUACAACAAUAACCCAGGGAAGACCCCCAUCAUGUGUGCCUACAAACUCUGCAAGGUGGAGUUUCGCUACUGGGGCAUGCAGUCUAAGAUAGAACGCUUCAUCCACGAUGUUGGGCUAAGAAAGGUGAUGGUGCGCGCCCACCGGCAGGCCUGGUGUUGGCAGGAUGAGUGGUACGGUCUGACCAUGGAGGACAUCCGGCAGCUGGAACUGGAAACCCAGCUGGCGCUGGCAACGAAGAUGGCUCAGUUCAGUCAGGCAGAGGAGGCCACAGAGGCCAAUGGAGGCGCUCCGUCUCCGGACAAAGACCAGGAGGUUAAAGAGGCGAUCAGCUCCAUAGAGGCUGAGGAGGUGGUUGUCAGCUCAGGUGGAGAGACUCUCCAACCACGAGGUGUACUCACCAAGCAGUGGUCCACGUCAUCCCGAUCCUCCCGCUCAUCCAAGAGAGGAGUGAGCCCAUCACGUCACAGCAUCUCAGAGUGGAGGAUGCAGAGCAUAGCGCGAGACUCAGACGACAGCUCAGAUGAGGAGUUCUUCGACGCCCAUGAGGACUUCUCGGAUGGCGAGGAGGUCCUUCCAAAGGAAAUCGCCAAGUGGAACUCCAAUGACCUCAUGGACAAGAUUGAGGCUGCAGACACGGAAGAAACUCCUGGUGAGCUGUUCAAGGAAAUGACAGUGGACUAUGAAAGAGCAAACAGUGAGGACCGACUUGAUGAGGAGAGCUCGUCUCAGCAGUGUCUGCAGCCUUCCAAGAUCCAUGUGCUGAUCUUGGUUCUGCACGGUGGGAACAUCCUGGACACAGGCGGAGGGGACCAGAGCAGCAAGCAGGCCGAUGUCAAUACGAUUAGUACGGCUUUUGACACAGUCAUGCGUGUUCACUACCCUGCUGCGCUGGGACGCAUCGCCAUCCGCUUGGUACCCUGCCCUGCCAUCUGUGCCGAGGCCUUCUCCCUGGUGUCAAACCUGAGCCCAUACAGCUACGAUGAGGGUUGUCUGUCCAGCAGCCAGGACCACAUCCCCCUGGCAGCCCUCCCCCUCCUGGCCACCUCUGCUCCACAGUACCAGGACGCCGUGGCCACCGUCAUCGUCCGAGCCAAUCAGGUGUAUACAGACUUCAUAAAAUCUCUGGAUGGGGCAGCCUUCUCUGGCCAGGUAUGCCUCAUUGGGGACUGCGUCGGGGGAAUCUUGGGAUUUGAUGCACUCUGCAGUAGCAAUCAGACAGUUAAUGAGAGCCAGAACAGCAGUCGCAGGGGCAGUGUUGUCAGUGUACAGGACCAGGACCUCCUCUCUCCUGGCAUCAUUGUCAACAGCGGGCACGGGUCAGCCUCUCCGACCCUGGAGGGCAGCCGGCACCUCAGUCGCAGUAACAUCGACAUUCCUCGUGCCAGUGCAGGUGACGAGACCAAGAGACAACUUCCACGCAAGAGAAGCGACUCCUCCACCUAUGAACUGGACACCAUAAAGCAACACCAGGCCUUCCUGUCCAGCUUACACUCCAGUGUCUUGCGGAAUGACGCAGCCUCACGCAGGUCAAGCAGCAGCACUAUGCUGGAUGGAGGCUCCCUGGGGAAGUUUGACUUUGAGGUGUCCGACUUCUUUCUGUUUGGCUCUCCGCUGGGCUUGGUGCUCGCCCUGAGAAAGACUGUCAUUCCUAUGCUGGAUGUGGCUCAGCUGCGGCCUGCCUGUCAGCAGGUCUAUAACCUGUUCCACCCUGCUGAUCCCUCCGCCUCCCGCUUGGAGCCUCUGUUGGAGAGGAAAUUUCACCUCCUGCCCCCCUUCAACGUGCCCCGUUACCAACGCUUUCCCCUGGGAGAUGGAAACUCCGCCCUACUGGCGGAUGUUGUUCAGUCUCAUGGUGGUGUCUUCAUGGACAGUUCGUACCCCUCAUCCCCUGUAACGGGCCCCCUCUCCCGGGGCCAGCGGAGGGCCAGUGAGGUCAGCAUUGCCAGCCAGGUCUCAGGAAUGGCAGACAGUUACACUGCCACCAACAUAGCCAACACCAACUCAUAUCAAAUUAACCAGUCCAAAAAGUUCAGCCUUUUGUCCCAACUCGCCCUAACGUCACAAAACAAAUUCUUGCUGAAAAGUCCUCCUAAGUCCCGUAAGAAAACAGCUGCCGGCCAGGCUGCAGGAACUCCUGAUGCAGAUCUAGUGGCAGAGCUGGACGGUGAAACUAGCGAAGGUCAAAGUCCCACUGGUCAGGAGAGCUGCCUGUCAGCCGGGCUGGACUGUGCUAUAUCUGAUCUGGUGUCGUUGGACUCCCAGGCUGAAGUGGAGCAAGUUGCAGCACGUUGGUGGGGCACCAAGCGACUGGACUUUGCCCUGUACUGCCCCGAUGCUCUGACUGCUUUCCCCACUGUGGCUUUACCGCACCUUUUCCAUGCAUCAUACUGGGAAUCCACCGAUGUUGUGUCUUUUCUGCUGAGACAGGUCAUGAGGCAUGAAAACUCUAGCAUCCUGGAGCUCGAUGGCAAAGAAGUGUCUGAAUUCACCCCCUCCAAACCUCGAGAGAAGUGGCUUCGCAAGAGGACUCAUGUGAAGAUCAGGAACGUGACUGCCAACCACCGCGUAAAUGACGCAGUGUUCACAGAAGACUCCCAGCAGGUCGUGACAGGUCGCUUCAUGUACGGCCCUCUCGAUAUGGUCACUUUGGCUGGGGAGAAGGUCGACCUCCACAUCAUGACCCAGCCUCCAUCGGGAGAAUGGGUGUACUUCAACACAGAAGUGACCAACAGCAGUGGCCGUGUGUCUUUUGUCAUCCCAGAGGACAAACGUCUGGGCAUCGGAGUUUACCCAGUCAAAAUGGUUGUCAGGGGCGACCACACAUUUGCAGACAGCUACCUGACGGUUAUUCCUCGGGGCACAGAGUUUGUGGUAUUCAGCAUCGACGGAUCAUUUGCUGCCAGUGUGUCUAUCAUGGGCAGUGAUCCCAAAGUGCGCGCAGGAGCUGUGGAUGUUGUCAGGCACUGGCAGGAUUUAGGCUAUUUGAUCAUCUAUGUGACAGGACGACCAGACAUGCAGAAGCAGCGGGUGGUGGCUUGGUUAUCUCAGCACAACUUCCCCCAUGGCAUUGUCUCCUUCUGUGAUGGCCUGGUCCACGACCCGCUCAGACACAAGGCCAACUUCCUCAAAUCUCUGACAGAGGCUAACAUGAAGAUUUUUGCGGGCUACGGAUCCACCAAAGACAUCUCAGUCUACACCUCCAUUGGUCUCCCUUCCUCCCAAAUAUACAUCGUGGGUAGACCCUCCAAGAAGAUGCAGCACCAAUGCCAGUUCAUCACAGAGGGAUAUGCGGCUCACUUGUCCCAGCUGGAGUACAACCACCGUUCACGGCCAGCUAAGUCCAGCAGCGCACGCAUGGUGCUCCGCAAAGGCAGCUUCGGCUUGGGCGCAAACAGCGACUUCCUGAGGAAGAGGAACCACCUGCUGCGCACUAUAUCCUCCCAACCGGCUCCCAGCUCCCCAACAGGCAACAUCCAUAACAGACCAGAGCGCACGCAGAGCCAAUCAGACGGCGAGCGGCUGGAGUGCUCUCACAGCCACAUCCAGGGAGCAGCACAGCGCAGCAUGAGCAUCACAGCCAGCUGCUGGGGCCGCAGCAGCAGCACCAAGCUGGAGCCAGGCAUUUUCAGCCCCAAAUGAGAUUAGGAAUGUGAGAGAACCUUUUUUGGAAGUGACUUAAAAAUACAGUUCUCAGCGAGAGACUCACGAUAAACACAAAUGCAAGGAUUGAAAAACAGAUGGCUUGCACCACAUGGGUAAAUACCACAAUGAAAACAAUAGGUGCUACAAACCACUCUUUAUAAAACUAAUGCCAGUCACAGUCAACACCAAUAUGUAUGAACAGGGGCUAUGGCUAAAUUUAUUGUAAAACACACACAAAACUAAAAAAAAAAACAAAAAACGAAUAAAUAAAUCAAGAAUUCAUCUUUCUGAAACAGGGACAUGCACAUAGGUAGACAUAGCUUUUAUUGUAGGAAUCCAGACUGUUUCUACUGUUUAGUAAAUAUUAAUCAGUCUUGAAUACAAGGUCGGUUUUCCUCUGACAACAGGCUUUUAGAUCGGAGAUGGUUAGCACCCCCAUGUGACCACACAGAGUGGUUACAGACAGCCUGUAUCAGGUCCAAGUGCUGUUUACUGCACUGUAACUGACUACUGUUGCCACUGCAAGCACAACAAUUACCAUAGAGAUCAACUUUGUGCAUAAUAGUUUUAAAGCUAAGUCCUUUUUACGUGAUGAUCAGAUAUGUUCAUGUGUGAGAGCAGAGGCAAGAAUCGAAUAAAACUGGAUUGCAUGUGUUUCUUUUCUUGGUGUAACCAAACAAACACACGAUCAGAUAGCCAAAAUUGAUCUUUGUUAGAAUUCUUUCAUUUAAGAAACAUUAAAUAAAUUCUGUAAGCCAAUUGGAAUAAAGUUUCAGGAUGACAGGAUAAAGUUUCACCAGGUCAUACAGUCUAGUUUUGCUUGUUUUCUUGUCUUCCCCUCAGAUUAAAAAAAUCAUCCAAAUAUCACAUAAAGCAAAUUGCAAAAUUACCCUUUAAUAAUGGGUGCAGCUUAAACCAUUCCUGGGACGUAAUCACACCACAAUUCACACCACAGUGCGCUGCUGUACCUUCCUGAAUCAUUAAUGUAUGACUCAGCUAUAGGGAAGACUCCUACUGCUGUAUGGUUAAUGUGCCAAAGUAAACAGAAUGAUGUGUUGUACAAGAGAAGAAGAAGUGAUUGAUAAGGGUCUGCUGUGUAAAAAUGGAAGGGAUUGUGUAUACAGUUGAAUGCCUUAACAAGGCUUGUACAUAACUGUUGUUAUAUUAUAGUGCAGAUCUGGUAUCUGGUCUACCGAGGGCCAGUUUUAAGUGUCUUCUUUACUCUGGGUAUAAAAACACCACCUCAUUCAGGAUACACUUUAUUGGUUGGUGAUGAAAAUUAUUGUUAUUUAAGAUUAUAGAUAUUUUAAAAUGUAUUGAUUUUGUGAACAAAAUGUGUUUUAAAAUUACUUUAACUAUAUUGUGUUUUUUUUUCCCCAAACUUGAGUUGCAGCAGCCAAAACUGAGGUCUUUGCCUGACACAGUAUUGUAUUUUUAUUGUUUUAACUUGCAAAUCACCUGAAUUGUAUCAACAGAAAUGCUAUCUUGUGUCAUAUAUUGUACGUUUGUUCUUAUCUAUUUUUGAAAUUUCGAACAUGGCUUCUCUCUGGUUAUCCCUAAGCUGUAAAUGAGGCGUUGAAUGUGCUCAUAGAUAUUCCUCCUUAGGUUAAGGUCUCUUUUCUCUUUAGAGGAAGAAAAACCUGCAAACUGUAAAUCCUGUACAAUAUGCUGUUCGCCAUUUAUUUCUGAAAUGGGUAAAAACGUGUGAUUUAUUAAUUUAAAUUAUGUUUAUUUGUCCCUCUUAAUAGACGUGUACAGAGCUGACUGCAAUGGACCAAUAUGGGCUCAAAUGUAAGGGGAAGUGUGCAAUAUUACUCAACCACACCACAAGAUCAAACAGACUGUGCUGAGUGAAUGUCACUGUGCAUUGACAAUCAGUUCAACAGGCACAUGUUCUAUAGACAUCAAGUUGCUGAGGGGAAAUUGAAUUGAUUUAAAAACGUUGAGAUUUUCCAAGAGAGUGUCCCUGACCUGAUCAUGAUAUGAAAUGUUACAGUAGGUUUUCUCUUCUGGACAGACGUGCUCAGUCUUAAUUUUGUUUUUGUCAAUGUUUCCAUUCCAGCACAUGAAGGUCUAGAUGAAGUCACUUAACAUUUAAAAGUGACCCCCCCCCCCAGUAUAAAAGUCAUCAAGUUUAAAUUGCUCACUUCUUUUUUGUUGUUGAAACGAGGUUCAUCUUCAUGGUUGUUUUGGAGGCUGUAGUCUGUGGUGCUCUUGAAUUGUAUUGUGUUAUACUGAGAGGUGUUUCUAAUAUUUUGUCCACCCUUUUUAUAUCAAAGGCGGUAAAUUAAUUGUAGGUUUCCUGAGUGUACCUCUCAAUGGAUAAGUACUUGUAGCUUUCUUAAUUAGGACUGUUUUUCUAGCUAAAAAAAAAAAGGUGUAAUUGCUUAUUUCACUGCUGUCCCUCUGCAUUUUGACCAUUUCAGAGA